AUGGGAUCUUGCUACGGAAAGCGUUCUCAAAGUGAUUAUGGUACAUAGAACAUAGAUAACUAACCUGAAACAGAUAAUUCUUCACCAUAAAAAUUCUAACAUAUUGAUGGUAUAACUAUAAUAAUACAGAUAAAGAAUAAGCCUGUCUAGGCAAUUUGAUCAUCACAAACGAAAAGGUCGGACUUAUCACAAAGGAUUAUACCCUCUUGAAUCCACCCUUGGGAAGCGGUAUUCAAAUUAUUCAAACACUUUUAGGAGCAUAUGGGGAAGUCAGAAAAGCUAUCCACAAGAGCACAAAUAUGAUGAGAGCAGUUAAAAUUAUCCACAAGGCUUAAACAAGUAUGGAAGAAUAGGAGAGAUUGAUGAAUGAGGUUAAAAUACUCUAAAAAUUAGUAAUCAUUCUUAACUAUUAGAGGAUCAUCCAAACAUCAUUAAAAUUCAUGAAUUUUAUUAAGAUGAAAGUUUCUUUUAUAUCGUAACAGAGCUUUGUACUGGAGGAGAUCUCUUUGAUAAACUCAGUCAAGAGGGUAGUUUAUCUGAAAAGAAAGCCGCUGAAAUCAUGAAACAAAUAUUAUCGGCUAUCAAUUAUUGUCAUAAUGAGAAGAUUGUACACAGGUAAAUUCACUAUAAAUAUCCACACCUUAGGGAUUUGAAACCGGAGAAUCUUCUUUAUGAAUCUGAUAAGGAAAAUUCCAUGCUCAAAAUAAUAGACUUUGGAACUUCCAAAGAAUUCGUUCCCAAAUAAAAGUUGAAUCAGAAAUUAGGUAUUACCACUUACAUUGCCCCUGAAGUUCUAAAAAGGAAAUAUGAUGAAAAAUGUGACAUUUGGUCUUGUGGAGUCAUACUAUAUAUUUUGUUAUGUGGGUAAACUAAUUUAUCAUUUUGAGAUACCCUCCUUUUGAUGCGAGAUCUGAAGGAAGGAUUAUGGAAAAAGUAUCGAAAGGUGUUUAUUCAUUUGAUUCAUAAGAAUGGGAAGAAGUUACAAAAGAAGCCAAAGAAUUCGUUCGAAAAAUGCUGCAAUUUGAACCUAGUAUUUAAUAUGUCAAGUUAUCGUUUAGAUAAGAGAAUUAAUGCUCAAUAAGCUUUAAAUGAUCCAUGGAUUAAGAGAUUCACAAAUCCAACUGAAUUUGAUAGACCCUUGAUGACCGAAGUCUUAACAAAUAUGAGAAAGUUCACAAAAUAACAAAAAUUACAGGAAGCUGUUUUCAAAUUUAUUGUCGUUCAAUUGGCUACUAAGGAAGAGAAAGCUGAGUUGCUAAAGAUAUUUCAAUGUUUAGAUACAAAUCAAGAUGGAAAAUUGAGUAAACAGGAAUUAUUGGUGGGGUAUUCAAAGGUUAUGAAACCGAUUGAAGCUGCCGAAGAAGUUAAUUGCAUAUUUUAAUAAGUUGACAAAAAUAAUUCUGGUUCCAUUGAUUAUACAGGUAUAUAUUGAUAUCUUAUAAUAUUCAAGAGUUUGUAGUAGCAACAAUUGAUAGAUAAUAAUUGUUAUCGAAAUAAAGAUUACAAGUAACUUUUCAUAUGUUUGACAAAGUAUUUGAUACAUUUAUUUAGGAUAAAAGUGGAAGUAUAACUAUAGAUGAAUUGAAAGAGAUAUUUAGUGGAAUACCAGAGGAAAUGUGGAAAUAAGUUGUAUAAGACUUUGAUUCUAAUUCUGAUGGCUAGAUUUCAUUGGAAGAAUUCUUUGCGAUGAUGAAGAAAAUCGAUUGAUUAUUU